AUGAGUAAUUAUAGAUACCAUGGUCAUGGAGGCGGCGGAGGCGGUGGGGGUGGCAGCGGUGGAGGUGGGGUCAACGGCGGCUACUAUGGCAUUGAGGUGCGCGAUAUGCAUCAACGUAUCUCCUAUCCGCAUCACUUUACGUUCGUCAGCUCCUGGGUGAAAUACAUGAUAUUUAUAUUGAACUUCAUGUUCUGGCUGUUUGGCGGCCUGCUCCUGGGCAUCGGCGUCUAUGCGUUCAAAAUCAAGUGGGAGGAGGCGAACGGCUGGGUGAAGCUGGAGAACAUUUACGAUGUCAUUCUCAACAUAUCGCUGGUGAUGAUCAUCGCCGGCAUUGUCAUAUUCGUGGUCAGCUUUGCCGGCUGCCUGGGUGCACUGCGAGAAAAUACUUGUCUACUCAAAUUCUACUCGCUUUGUCUGCUCAUAUUCUUCCUCAUGGAAAUGGCCAUAGCGAUUAUUUGCUUUGUGUUUCCACAAAACAUGAACUCCUUCCUGGAGGAUCAGUUUACGGACAAGAUCAUUCACUCGUAUCGCGAUGAUCCGGAUUUGCAGAAUUUCAUUGACUUCGCCCAGAUAGAGUUCCAGUGCUGCGGCCUGAGCAACGCCGGCUACCAGGAUUGGAGCAAAAAUGAGUACUUCAAUUGCUCCUCGCCCUCGGUGGAGAAGUGCGGCGUGCCCUACAGCUGUUGCAUCAAUGCCACCGACAUCAGCACGGGCCUGGUCAACAUCAUGUGCGGCUAUGGGGUCCAGGUGCAUUCAGUGGCGGCUGCCAGCAAAAUCAUAUGGACCAGCGGCUGCAUUGAGGUCGUACGCGUCUGGGCCGAGCGGAAUCUCUACACCAUUGCAGGCAUUGCACUGGGCGUGGCACUUGUCCAAUUGCUGGUUAUCUACUUGGCCAAAACGCUGGAGGGGCAAAUUGAAUUGCAGAAGUCACGCUGGGCAGCAUAAGACUCCCUCCCGCUUAGACAUCUAUAUACCCACACUUAGUCAUAGUCGGUCGGCCGAUCGAUCAUAGAGCAGCUAUUUUGAGAAUUAGCCUAAUAUUCCGAGAUUUAUACAUAUAUAUAUUUAUAGCAUAUAGCGGAGACUCUUUUUUGUCUACGUCUUUCGAAUAUUUAGCGAACAAAUCAUAUUUAUAUACGCGAGAGUGUAAAUG